AUGCAGCCUCCAGAGGGUGCGCAAAUCGACCUGGGCAAGGCCCAGGUUAUCGAUCGUGUGCCCAAAGUCAUCAAAGAAUUGAAGUUCGGUGUAUUGACCAACGAUGACAUUGUCGGUCAAGCCGUGGUAGAAGUUUCGGACCGAAAGUUUUUCGACUUGGAUCACGACCGGGCGGUCGUCGCGCAUGGUCCUCUCGAUUCUCGCAUGGGAAUUUCGAACAAGGCCCUAACGUGUCCAACAUGCGGUCUCGGCGUGAAAGAUUGCAACGGCCACUUCGGUCAUGUCAGGCUGGUUCUGCCUGCGUUUCAUGUCGGCUACUUCAAGCGCGUCAUUGGCAUUCUUCAGGAAAUUUGCAAAGAAUGCUCACGCAUCUUGCUCCCCGAGUCAGAACGCCGUUCCUUCCUCCGCGAAAUGCGCCGCCCGGGGCUGGAUAAUUUGCGUCGGAUGCAGAUCGCUAAACGGAUCAAUGAACGUUGCCGGAAAACUCGACAAUGUGAGGCCUGUGGUACGCUGAACGGUGUGGUUAAAAAGACCGGCACAAGCGCGCUCAAGAUCACGCACGACAAGUUUCGGGCGUUCAACAGCUCAACCUCGGUCAAAAAGCAAGCCCCUCCCAGCAAGAUUGUUUUCGACGAGUCUUUUUCUGAGGCGAGAAACUCCAACCCAGAGGUCGAGAAGCACUACAAGAAAGCGCAGGAUGAUCUGAAUGCCUUACGUGUGUUGAAGCUUUUCAAGAGGGUCUCGGACGCCGAUUUGGGACAAGACUCCGCGUCGACAGAGGAUGAUUUGACGGCCAAGCUGGGUGAUAUCGUACAGAGCAACCUCAACUUGAAGAACGCGCUGCAGAAGGGGGCACCGGUGCAUAACAUCAUGGAAUGCUGGGACUACAUGCAACUUCAGAUUGCUGUUUAUAUCAACAGCGAUGUGCCAGGUCUCAACAAAGCGGAUCUGGGAAAGCCCAUCCGAGGCUUCGUUCAGCGCCUCAAGGGUAAACAGGGCCGUUUCCGUGGUAAUCUCUCCGGAAAGCGUGUUGAUUUUUCGGGCCGAACUGUCAUCUCGCCGGACCCGAACUUGCGCGUGGACGAGGUCGCAGUUCCAGAGCUGGUGGCCAAAAACAUGACCUACCCAGAGGUAGUGAAUCGGUACAAUAAGGAGAAAUUGCAGCAGCGGGUGCGCAACGGCAGAUUCAAGUGGCCUGGAGCUAACGGCAUUUUGAAGAAAGACCUUGGUUUUCGCCAGGUCAACUUGAAAUUCGGUGUUCUCAAUCACAUUGCCAACGAGUUGCAAGAAGGUGAUAUCGUUGAGCGUCACCUCGAAGACGGCGAUAUUGUGCUUUUCAACCGUCAACCCUCUCUCCACAAGCUCAGUAUUCUCUCCCAUUUUGCCAAGGUCCGGCCGCACCGAACGUUCCGGUUGAAUGAGUGUGUCUGCAAUCCAUACAACGCCGAUUUUGAUGGAGACGAAAUGAACCUGCACGUCCCCCAAACAGAGGAAGCGAGGGCCGAGGCUAUGGAGUUGAUGGGUGUGAAGAACAACUUGGCCACACCCAAGAACGGCGAACCCAUUAUUUCUGCUAUUCAGGAUUUCAUCAGUGCCGCCUUUCUGCUUAGCAGCAAAGACAAUUUUUUCGAUCGCCGCUCAUUUUCUCAGAUCUGUCUGUACAUGUUGGGCCCAGAGACACGAUUUGACCUUCCCCCGCCCUCUGUUCUCAAGCCACAGAUGCUCUGGACGGGAAAGCAAGUGUUCAACAUUCUGAUGCACCCUAACAAGGACGACCCUGUUCUGGUGAAUUUGGAUGCUUCAUGCCGCCAAUUCAAACAGCCCAAGGACGGUCGACCAAAGGAUUUGGACCCGAACGAUGCGUGGUUGGUCAUCCGUAACUCAGAGGUCAUGUGUGGUGUGAUGGACAAAUCUACGAUUGGUUCCGGAAAGAAGGACAAUGUGUUCUACAUUAUGCUUCGAGAUUUUGGCCCUGCAGCCGCCGCGGAGGGCAUGAAUCGCCUGUCGAAAUUAUCGGCGCGAUGGUUCUCCAACAUGGGAUUUUCAAUUGGUAUCACCGAUGUGUACCCCAGUGAGAAGCUCAUCCAGUCGAAGAACGACCUGGUGGAAACGGCGUACGCACAAUGUGACGAAGUCAUUGCCAAAUACAAGGCUGGGACUUUGGAGAAGUACCCGGGAUGUGAUGAAUUGCAGACUAUGGAAAACCAACUCUCUGGUAUUCUCAGCAAGGUCCGUCAGCAAGCUGGUGACGAGUGUAUUGCACAACUCAGCAAGUACAACUCGCCCUUGGUCAUGGCCACGUCUGGGUCGAAGGGUUCGAGUAUCAACGUGUCUCAGAUGGUUGCGCUUGUCGGUCAGCAAAUUAUCGGCGGCCAGCGUGUUCAGGAUGGUUUCCAGGAUCGUACUCUGCCUCAUUUCCCGAAGAAUGCGCGCCAGCCACCUUCAAAGGGUUUUGUUCGAAAUAGCUUCUUCUCGGGCCUGGAGCCCACCGAGUUCAUUUUCCACGCCAUGUCAGGACGUGAAGGUCUGGUCGAUACGGCUGUCAAGACCGCUGAGACCGGUUACAUGUCUCGUCGGUUGAUGAAGUCUCUUGAAGACCUGUCGACGUUGUACGACGAUACGGUGCGCAACUCAUCUGCUGCCAUUGUGCAAUUCCAGUAUGGUGACGACAAAUUGGAUCCUGUGGACAUGGAAGGCAACGCGAAGCCUGUUCAUUUCGACCGAACGUUCACACACUCCGAGUCUACGACGUAUAAUAACGAUGAGCGAAGCUUGUUACCAGCAGAGAUUAUGGAGGUCUGUGAACAGAUGCUCGGCAAAGAACGUGCGAAGCUGGUCCGCAAGGAUCUGCUCGGCCAAAAACUUGGUUACAUGGACCGCAGUGACCAUGGUAUUGACCAAUUUGAGAGCGCCCGCGAUUUCCUUGAUUCGAUUCAGCAAUACGUCCAAGCCAGGGCCGAUAAAUUAAUUUCUCGUGGCGGUGCCAUUGAUCCGUCCGACGAGAGAAGUCGAAAAGGCCUGGACCACACGGGGAAGUUGACAGAAACAACUUUGAGGGCGUUCAUCACCGCCUGUCUGUCCAAGUACAAGAAAGCCCAAGUCGAGCCCGGUCAUGCGGUGGGCGCUGUUGGUGCCCAGUCCAUUGGUGAACCUGGUACGCAGAUGACGCUGAAGACUUUCCACUUUGCUGGUGUUGCUGGUAUGAGUAUCACGCAGGGUGUGCCGCGUAUCAAGGAAAUCAUCAACGCCUCCAAGGAGAUCAGUACUCCUGUCGUUGCCUGUGAUCUCGUCACCAAAGAUAGUACGAUUGCUGCUCGUAUUGUGAAGGGUCGGAUUGAAAAGACUUAUUUGCGAGAUGUCAUCCACGCCAUUCGCGAAGACUGGACCACGCGCGGCGAGGCUUACUUGACGGUCAUUAUGAAUUGGAAGACGAUUCAGGAUCUCGCCCUUGAACUCACAGUGGGGCAGAUCAUCGCUGCAAUCAAGAGCCACAAGCGAUUCAAAGCCGAUGACCUCAAGUUCCGCCAUACCAUGGGCAGCAUCCAGAUCGCAGUUGACCUCGACCCGGCCAGCAAGGCAUCACUGUCGAAGACGGAGAUCGCGGCGACGAGCGUCGAUCCUUUCCUGCGCCUCAAACACUUGAAGCGUUUCCUCCCCAACAUCCAAAUUCUGGGCCACCCCCACGCCAACCGGGCCAUUAUCCGGACGGAUGAGACAUCUACCACCAACACCUUGCUCGUGGAGGGCUACGGACUUCGAGAGUGCAUGACCACUCUCGGUGUGAACGGCCUGCACACCACGACCAACAAUGUGAUGGAAGCGCGCGAGGUUCUUGGUAUCGAGGCCGCACGAAGCACCAUCAUCACGGAAAUCAGCGAAGUCAUGAAAGACAUGGACAUCGAUCCUCGCCACAUGCAGCUGCUGGCCGAUGUGAUGACCUACAAGGGAGAAGUCCUGGGGAUUACAAGAUUUGGACUGGCCAAGAUGCGAGACUCGGUGCUCCAGCUGGCAUCCUUUGAGAAGACCGCCGACCAUCUUUUCGAUGCCGGCGGUGCGGGCCGCACCGAUCUCAUUGAGGGCGUGUCGGAAUGUAUUAUCAUGGGCAAGACGGUGGGGUUGGGCACCGGCGCCAUGGAGGUGGCGCGCAAGCUCAAUUUCUACGAGGGUCAAAUCGGCCCGCGCAAGACGGUCUUUGAGGAUGCGUGGUCCGAGGUAUGUGAGGUGCCUGUCAAGAGGGGCAAGCGGAGAGUGCGAUGA